AUGCUGGUGAUUUACCCGAUAGUACUGAAGCUGGACAAAUACCGCCGAAGGGCGCAACAUGCCGUCAACACACUGUGGGCAAAGUUGGGCUCGUUCCCAUUCUACAGGGUCAAGAUUGAGGGCCGACAGCAUCUGCCCCCGAACGUUCAGGCAGCUGUGUACGUUGCCAAUCAUCAAAGCUUCUUGGACAUCUUUUCUUUGUUCCACUUAAACAGAAGCUUCAAAUUCAUCUCCAAGUCGAGUAUAUUUUACAUACCCAUUGUUGGGUGGUCUAUGUUUCUCACAGGCCACGUCAUGCUGAAUAGAGUCGACCGCCGCAGCCAGCUCAGAGUCCUGCAAGAGUGCGAGCGGUUGCUGUCAAGGGGCGCAUCCCUGCUCUUCUUCCCCGAGGGCACAAGGAGCGUAGACCAGAAGCUCGCGCCCUUCAAGAAGGGCGGCUUCACUGUCGCUGUGAGGACAGGGGCACCUGUUGUUCCCAUCACGGUGCUUGGGGCUGGUGACAUGAUGCCCAGCGGAAAGGAAGCAUUUAUGUACCCGGGUGAAGUCAGGAUGAUUGUCCACCCGCCCAUGGAGGCCAAGGGAGAAAAUGCCCAGGAGUUGUGUGACAAGGCCAGGGCCGUGAUCGCCAGCGCGAUGCCGCAGCGCCUUGUGUCAUGA